AUGGAUCAUCGGAUCCGCACGUCAUUAAUCGCGUGGCAUCCCGGAUCCGUAUCCCGAGUGGAUACAAAAGUCGAAGGGCUAUGGAAAAACCAAGUGCAACAAGGCUGCGCUGCACCGAACGGAUCACCGGAUCCGCACCGAGCUCGAUUCCUGCAUCAACCAUCAGUCUCUACUAUGGCGCGUACCAAACAAACUGCUAGGAAGUCUACCGGUGGUAAGGCACCGAGGAAACAACUUGCUACAAAAGCAGCAAGGAAAAGUGCUCCUGCUACUGGUGGAGUAAAGAAGCCUCAUCGUUAUCGUCCUGGUACUGUUGCGCUUCGGGAAAUCAGGCGAUACCAGAAGAGUACUGAGUUGCUCAUCCGCAAGUUGCCCUUCCAGCGUUUGGUUCGUGAGAUCGCACAAGACUUCAAAACCGACCUGCGUUUCCAGGGCUCAGCUGUGAUGGCCUUGCAGGAAGCCAGUGAAGCUUACUUGGUUAGCUUGUUUGAAGAUACUAAUCUGUGCGCCAUUCACGCCAAGCGUGUUACUAUCAUGCCAAAAGAUAUUCAACUUGCAAGGCGUAUACGCGGAGAAAGGGCCUAA